AUGGGUGUUCAAGGACUCUGGACUAUUGUCCAACCUUGCGCUCGGCCCGUGAAACUCGAAACCCUCAACAGGAAGCGACUUGCUGUUGAUGCGUCCAUCUGGAUCUAUCAGUUUCUGAAAGCUGUUCGCGACAAGGAAGGAAAUGCCCUCCGCAACUCACAUAUUGUCGGAUUCUUCCGCCGAAUAUGUAAACUCCUGUACUUCGGAAUCAAGCCCGUUUUCGUCUUUGACGGCGGCGCCCCCAUCUUGAAGCGACAAACGAUUGCGAAUCGAAAGAAGAGACGCGAAGGCCGCAGGGAAGAUGCAGUACAAACGGCAAGUAAGUUGCUUGCAGUGCAGCUGCAACGUACUGCGGAGCAAGAGGUAGCCAAGCGCAAGAGCCGGGGGAGGCAAGCGGAAGAGGAAGUCCCGGACAAUCCGGUUUACGUCGAGGAGAAUUUCAUGACCGACAAACAAAAACAGCAGUCUCGGACAUUCAAGAAGAAGGAUGCCUACCAUUUACCCGAUAUGCAGGUCUCACUUCAGGAAAUGGGGGCGCCGAAUGAUCCGCGCAUUAUGUCACAAGAAGAGCUAGAAGAGUACGCGCGACAGUUUCACCGGGGCGAAGACAUCAAUCUUUAUGAUUUCUCUAAGAUAGAUUUUGACAGCCCUUUCUUCCUCAGUCUGCCAGCCACCGAUCGUUACAACAUCCUAAAUGCCGCGAGGCUCAGAAGCCGGCUGCGUAUGGGAUACUCGAAGGAGCAGUUAGAUCAUAUGUUUCCUGAUCGCAUGGCCUUUUCGAAAUUUCAGAUUGAGCGUGUAAAGGAAAGAAACGAUCUCACCCAGCGCCUAAUGAAUAUCAACGGCAUGAAUGAUGAUCUAGCGUUCUACAACUCUGGCCAGCGGAUAGCAGGAGAACGUGGCAAGGAGUACGUGCUUGUCAAAGACAACUCGGUCGAAGGUGGCUGGGUAUUAGGAGUUGUAGGUAAUAAGGAGGGAAGUCAGCAAGAGAAGCCCAUUGACGUCGACCAAUACUUCCACCACGAGAUCGUGCCUGAGGCGGAGGAGUCUUCCGACGAGGGAGGCUUCGAGGAUGUGCCCAUCGAGGGCCUAAACCGUCUUCCGAAACUCUCAUUUCUUCAGCCAGGUGUACUUGACGAUUCCUUGAGCCACGGUAUUGAUGAUCAAAAUGCAGAUGCCGAUUCUCUCUUUGUCCCAGACCACAACAGAGAUGCUCAGCAUAACCGUGCGAUCACCGAUGACAUCUUUGAGGGUGCUGCACCAAGCGAAGAUGAGGACCUUCAAAGGGCGAUUGAGAUGUCUCUACAGCCCACUGACCAUAUCGAGUACGAUAUGGACAUGCCAGAAAUACCAGUCAAUCGCAUUGCGUCUCCAAUAGAAUCAGCCAGUAAGACGGCAGUUGAACCUAUGGAGGAAAGCGACGACGAGGUAGACUUUGCGGCAGCUUUAGUACAAUCGAAAAGGACUGAGAAGGCGCCUGCUAAAGCUGUCCCAAGCCAUUCUUUUGAUGGGCCACUACCCUUUGAAACUCUGAAGCUCAAAAAGCCUUUUGACGAGAAGACAUCGGAGCAGCAAGAAGUCGAGCCGGACGCAGGUGGAUUUGAAAAGGCGUCAUCUAAGGCCGUCAAAGAAAGCAUCCCUCUGCCCCCUUGGUUCUCUGGGCAGCAGCAAAAUCCUGAAUUUAUUGCCGACCGACACGAUACUGAGGCUUUGAAAAACUAUCGCGACACGGCCAUGAAGCCGGAUCAUUUGUUUCUGAAGAACCAUCGAUUACCCGGUGUCAUAGAUGUCGAUCAAUUUCCUGAGAACAAAGUUAUCAAACUUGAUCCAGAAACCCCUGCUGAAGCCGACACUGGAACGGCCUCGUCACAGGUUACAGCACCGACAGAAGUGAAAGAAAGCCAAAUGUCUCCAAAGCGGCAAGGGAUACCAUCAGCAGAUGAUAAACCUUCAAAUCUGCUCGAACAAGCUGUCAAGUCAGAACAGGAUGCUUAUGAAUGGGAAGCGACCGAUGAUGAGAAAUCUGAUCGGUCCCCAUCGCCCGAAUUCGAAAAUAUUAUGAUGCAGCCCAAAGAAUCCGUCCACGAUGGUAAUGACGGGAAUGCCGAGCGUUCUCCAUCGCCCGAAUUCGAAGAUGUUGCAGUGCAUCCUGAGGAGGCGGUACUCAAUUCUCCGCUGCAACACCAGAUUGAGCUCAACCAACCGAUUGAUAUCGUCGAAGAUGAAGGCUUCUCAGACCCAGAAGACGAAGAGCUCAUGCGGCAGCUCGCGGCCGAGGGUGAGGAACAUGUUCGGUUCGCCGCAACUCUGAACUCGGCAUCACAAAACCAAGGUACAUUCGAUUACGAGCAAGAGCUCAAACAGCUUCGCACCCAGCAAAAGAAGGACCGCAGAGAUGCGGACGAAGUGACACAGAUCAUGAUCACAGAAUGUCAGCAGUUGUUAUCAUUAUUCGGAAUACCGUAUAUCACCGCACCAAUGGAGGCGGAAGCGCAGUGCGCUGAGUUGGUGUCCUUGGGGCUUGUGGAUGGAAUUAUCACAGACGAUAGUGAUAUCUUUCUGUUUGGUGGCACCCGUGUUUACAAGAACAUGUUCAACCAGAGCAAGUACGUUGAGUGCUACCUUACUACAGACCUAGAGAAGGAGUACGCUCUGCAUCGAAGGAAGCUGAUCAGCUUCGCACAUUUACUCGGAAGCGACUAUACAGACGGGAUUCCUGGGGUUGGCCCCGUGACAGCGCUAGAGAUCCUGACAGAAUUCGGGGCUCUUGAAGAAUUCCGUGACUGGUGGACUCAGGUGCAGACAGGGGUCGACGUGUCAAGCGGUAGCCACGCGGCGUUCUACAAGAAAUUCAGAAAGCAAGCGACGAAGAUUUUCUUGCCACCCACGUUCCCAGACACGCGAGUAGAUACCGCUUAUCUGGAGCCAGAAGCGGACAGGGAUCCGUCGACGUUCCAAUGGGGCAUACCCGAUUUACAUGGACUGCGAAACUUUCUAAUGGCGACCAUCGGUUGGAGCCAGGAAAGGACCGAUGAAGUACUUGUGCCUGUCAUUCGCGACAUAAACCAAAGAGAAGAAGUGGGAACUCAAAGCAACAUCACGGGUUUUUUUAAUGGCCCUCAAGGAGCGGGAGCAUUUGCGCCUCGAGUCCGGUCUGGCGGACAGAGCAGGAUGGAGAAGGCGUUUAGUCGACUCCGACGAGAGGCUGAAGCUGGGUCAAACCCUAGCCAGGACCUGGACCAUAAUGAUGUCGAAGCAAGCCCUAGGGAUUCGGCUAAAAACCAGGCUACCCCCGGCCAGUCUCGUCGAAAGAGGAAGAGUAACAAGCGAGGGCGACCUGAACCACGAGUGGCCGCAGAGGACGGCGAGGGCAGCGGCCAGAGUGGUGACGAUACGACCACCAAAAAAAGUAGAGGUCGCAAGGCAGCAAAGACCUGA